AUGGCAGACUGGGAGGGCUGGAAUCCUGCUGGGGGUCCAACCAGGGAUCCUACAGGCCCUGUGUUGUCUCUCCACAUCAGGUGGUGGACUCCAGUGUGCAAUAAGAGCUCAGGGCUGUGCCUGGGAUCCCCAUGGACUCUGGGUCCCCAUGACCACUCCCUGUUCUUCCUCUGUUCAACAAGGGGCAUCGUAGGGGAGCGUCACCUCCAUGGAGAGCGGCCGCGUGUUCCAGGCAGUCCAAACUGUCCUAAUGCAGCAUCACGCUACAGUCCCCGUGACCUCACCACCCCAGCACGCUGCAGUCCCCGUGACCUCACCACCCCAGCACGCUGCAGUCCCCGUGACCUCACCACCCCAGCACGCUGCAGUCCCCGUGACCUCACCACCCCAGCACACUACAGUCCCCGUGACCUCACCACCCCAGCACGCUACAGUCCCCGUGACCUCACCACCCCAGCACGCUGCAGUCCCCGUGACCUCACCACCCCAGCACGCUACAGUCCCCGUGACCUCACCACCCCAGCACGCUGCAGUCCCCGUGACCUCACCACCCCAGCACGCUACAGUCCCCGUGACCUCACCACCCCAGCACGCUGCAGUCCCCGUGACCUCACCACCCCAGCACGCUACAGUCCCCGUGACCUCACCACCCCAGCACGCUGCAGUCCCCGUGACCUCACCACCCCAGCACGCUGCAGUCCCCGUGACCUCACCACCCCAGCACACUACAGUCCCCGUGACCUCACCACCCCAGCACCCUACAGUCCCCGUCACCACACUACAGUCCCCGUGACCUCACCACCCCAGCACACUACAGUCCCCGUCACCACACUACAGUCCCCGUGA